AUGAGCAAGAUCCCGAGUGGUGGCCCCGGCUUCGAUCAUGUGGCGAAGUUUCGGCAGGGCAUGGUGCAGCUGUACUAUGACAAGUACAUCGCCAAGCCGCUGAAGCUUCCAGUUGUGAGCUCUGGAUCUCCAAUGCUCCGGAAGCCGGACCAGCCGAAUGGACUUCGGAGGCGGCUCCCCGGUAGCCCGAAGCCGCUGCAGAUCCCCAGGGAGGAGGAGGUGGACGAAGCGACAAUGGCCAUUGUGGCUUCGCGGAUCAACGGCUUCAGCGGUCGUGAGAUCUCGAAGCUGUUCACCUCGCUGCAGACGCAUGUGCUGUACAGCGACACCACCCAUGGCAGACCGGUCUGCACGAGGUCCAUGCUGCUCGAGGUGGUCGAUCAAAAAGUCGCGGAGCACGGACGGAGCCACGAGUUCCAGACAAGCGGCUACGAGUACCAGCACCAUGAAGCCCACCGUGCGCAGCACGAGGCCGAGGGCGAGAAUGGUUUUUCCAGCAAAGACGGGAAGCUUGGAGGAAGACACUGA